UAAACAAAGUGACAAAUAUUUGCAAACAUUUAAUUGAUAUUCAAUUAAUGAUCAUUUAAUGCAAUCAUAAAUUUUGAUUGUUUCYUGAGUUUGUAACCAUAUGUUGAUCAUUGGUUUCAAAGUUAUUGUAUGGUCUGAUCAGUCGAAGAUCAAGUAAUUGACACAAUAAUGGAUGAGUUAAAAGUUGUGAAAAACUUCCGUAAAUUGCAACCAUUGUUAACCAACGAAAAGCUGAAGAACUCAGUUAGACUUUUGGCUAUCUUUGGUCACAAUGGUUCAGAUAUUAUAUUUGCCACAACUAAUGAUAAUGUAUAUGGCUUUGGAAGCAAUCGGUUUGGUUGUCUUGGUUUAAGUACUUGGGAUGAAGAUAUUGAUAAACCACAGCUCAAUAUAACUUUGUCGUCAAAGCAGCUCAAGAAUAUCUACUAUGGUUUUGGUCAUUGUAUAGGACUUACCAAUAGUGGACAGUGCUAUUCGUGGGGAGAAAAUGAAUUUGGACAGUUAGGUAUUGGCACUUAUGAGACAACAAAUACACCGCAACUGAUUCAACAGUUAACACAUGAGACAAUUGUAGACAUCAGUUGUGGUAAUAGACAUACACUAGCGUUGACCAGAAACGGAAGAGUUUACGGAUGGGGUCGUCAAACAUUUGGUCAGGUUGGCGAUGGAACAGUAUGUUGGCGACCAUUUCCCGUUCUCGUGUCUAUUUGUGAAGUUAUUGUCUCUCUAUCUUGUGGUAAAUGUCAUUCAUUAGGCCUAUCAAUAACAGGAAAUGUAUAUGUUUGGGGUUUGAAUGAUUUUGGACAGUUAGGUCGUCACAGAGAUAAUGAUACACAAAAGUUUAGUGAUGGUCGGCAAAAGGAGAGAGCGUUUAAUCCAUACCCGCAACUGAUCCCUGGUAUUGAUUCCAUCGUUGUUCAGAAAGCUAUGUGCGGUCCUAACCAUACACUUCUAUUAUCAACUGAUGGAGACAUUUAUGCGUGCGGUCUCAAUGAUUUUGGACAGGUUGGUAAUGGCACCUUUCAUACACAAUACACACCCAUCAAGAUUAAUAGUGAUAUCAAAUUCAAUGACAUUGUCACUAACUUUGAUCACACACUAUCUGUUGCCAUAUCAACUGAUGGCCGACACUGGGCCUGGGGUUACACCUAUUUUGGCUCAAAGAUUACUGCACCACAAGAUUUAACCAAAUUCACUAUCGGAUACUCUUUGCCUGAGAUUUAUGCCAAAUAUUCUGGAAUUUUUAAGACUUAUAAAACGAUAAUUUUUAAUGAAUCGCCAGAUAUUAUCAAAAUUGAUCCAUUAAUGAAAAAUAUAGUUAUGGCAAAUAAAAAACAAACUGUCCAACAAAAUGAUUGUUCAGCAAAUACAUCAAAUAUGGAAACAUUGGCAAUGCCUGUCAAUAAUAAUAAUAAUAAUAAUAAUAGUUAUAAUAUACCAGAGUCUGCAUUUCUUAAACGUAUAAUACAAUUCUUUGACAAUCAAUCGGACUUUGAUUUGGUGUUUGUUUUCAAAGAGGAAGUGAUUUAUUGUCACAAAACAAUUCUUGAGAUUAGAAAUAAACGUUUCAUGAAAUCAAUGCAACAAUACUUAACCAACAAAAAUGAGAUUCACGUCGAGAACCGAUACUCUUAUGAAACUAUGUUUGCAUUCAUCCGAUACUUGUAUUCAAUGACACCCGAUAUUAAUCUCGAUAUUUGCGAUCAGUUAUUGAAUUUAUGCAAUGCUUUCGGGGAACGGGAGCUUAAGAGUCUGUGUGCAAAGAUCUUAGAGUCGUUGAUAGAUUUAGAGACAAUUUGUUUGAUAUAUGAGAUGACAGUUAAUCACAAUUUGCUUUUAUUGCAGAAACAAUGCUUAGAUUUUGCAGUAAAAAACUGGAAAAUUCCAUUAACAUCUUUCAUCAUAUUUAAUAACACAAAACGUAAGGAUAUUUUAACGUAA